AUUUACUUCCGGUCAAUGCUGCUCACGUGACCACACCCCGGAAGUGACGAAAGGGUAGAUGUCACCGCUCGGCCGAAUGCGGAAGUGGAAAACGGUGAAGCGUAUGGAGGGGACAGGUCCCAAUGCCCUCCCUAGGUUGCUUCCUGUGUAAUGGGCCAACACAAUGCAUCGGUUCUUCAUUUCACUCUUGUGCCUUUGUCUUUUCUCCUGGCUCCUCUUCCUCUCACUUCCUACACACACAGUCAGCAAUGACUCUCCAGGUUUGGGGGAAGAGCUGACCUGGGCUGUCCGUCUGGACCCCUCUCAAGGCUCUGGACGGAGAGAGGAGUUAGAUGUUUUAGCAGAAAAACUUUCACAGGCCGUGGGGCUGGAGAAUCGGGGCGUUAUCGGGGAGUUAAAGGAUCACUACUUAUUUGCACAUGUGAGAAGUGGUGAGACCAAGGAGCAUACGCGAAGAAAAGUUCACGAGAUGUUCACACAACAUGCCAGCGUGCGAUGGUUUUCGGAACAAAAGCUGCUGAAGAGGUCCAAGAGGAGCGUGCACUUUAAUGACCCCAAAUAUCCACAGCAAUGGCAUUUGCACAAUACCCGUAACCCUGGAAUGGAUAUUAAUGUUACUGGUGUAUGGGAGAGAAAUGUGACCGGUUGGGGAGUUACGGUGGUGGUCGUGGAUGAUGGGGUUCAGCACACUAUCCAGGACAUUCAAGCUAAUUAUAGCCCAGAAGGAAGCUAUGACCUUAACUCUAAUGAUCCAGACCCUAUGCCACAUCCUGAUGGAUAUAGUGACAACCACCAUGGAACCCGUUGUGCAGGGGAGAUAGCAGCCGUCCCUAACAAUAGUUUCUGUGCAGUGGGUGUAGCAUUUGGAUGCAGGAUUGCAGGGAUCAGAGUUCUCGAUGGACCGCUCACAGACAGCAUGGAGGCUAUUGCGUUCAACAAACACUAUCAGAUCAAUGACAUCUACAGUUGCAGCUGGGGCCCUGAUGAUGAUGGGAAGACUGUUGAUGGACCUCAUCAGCUGGGAAAGGCUGCUCUUCAGCAUGGAGUGAUUGCUGGACGGAAAGGAUUCGGGAGUAUUUUUGUUGUUGCCAGUGGUAAUGGAGGCCAGUACAAUGAUAACUGUAACUAUGAUGGAUAUGCCAACUCCAUCUACACUGUCACUGUAGGGGCUGUCAAUGAAGCUGGCAAAAUGCCUUUCUAUGCUGAAGAAUGUGCAUCAAUGCUUGCAGUCACCUUCAGCAGCGGAGACAAACAGAUGAGAAGUAUUGUGACCUCAGAUUGGGAUCUGCAGAAGGGAACUGGAUGCACAGAAGGCCACACUGGAACAUCUGCCGCUGCUCCUAUAGCUGCAGGAAUGAUUGCUCUGAUGCUACAGGUGCGGCCAUGCCUGACAUGGAGGGAUGUCCAGCACAUUAUCGUUUUUACAGCUACAAAAUAUGAAGACCAUCAAGCUGACUGGGAAACCAAUGGAGCAGGAUUUAGUCACAGUCAUCAGCAUGGAUUUGGCCUCCUAAAUGCCUGGCGUCUUACAAAUGCUGCUAAGGUGUGGGAGUCUGUUCCCUAUUUAGCUUCCUAUGUUAGUCCAGUCCUAAAAGAGAACAAAAAUAUUCCUUUGGCUCCCAAUGUGCUGGAAUUACGCUGGAAUGUGACUGCGGCUGAUCUUCUGCUGUCAGGCAUGAGGACCAUAGAGCAUGUAGCUGUGACAGUGACUGUCACACACCCCCGGAGGGGAAACCUGCAGAUACAGCUGUUCUGUCCAAGUGGAAUCUCAUCCCUCAUUGGAGCCACAAGGAAAAUGGACGUUGAUCCAAGUGGUUUCACUGACUGGACAUUCUCCACUGUUCGCUGCUGGGGAGAGAAUGCAGAAGGGACUUACAGACUUCUGGUCACAGACGCAGGAUAUGAGCCCGAGACUCUUAAAAGAGGUGUUUUUCAGACAUGGCAACUAACACUCUAUGGUUCCUCAUGGACAACUGAGGAUGUGGCUGAAAGAAGAAGGCUGGUAGAACUGUCUCAGGGGGGUCAGUUUCUGAAUGAUAAUUUCUCGCUUCCUUGUCCCCCUGGAUUGGAAAUUUCUGAGCAGGACAGCUAUACCAUUACCAAUAACACCCUUCGGACCCUUAUGCUGCUUGGCUGUUUUGCUGUGUUCUGGUCCCUGUAUUACACUAUAGAGCUCUACCUUUCCAGAAUUUCUAGUAGUGGCGAUCUAGACCUAAGCUGUGAAGGUUCUUCCUGCAUCCUUUCCCGACACCCGGGAAGUCCCAGCCCCCGCCAAUUAGAAGCUGGCAUUGAGACAGAAUCCUUGCCUCUGUGUGGCAUAAAUGACACUACUGUGGAAGAUGAAGAAGAUGAGGACAACGUGGAGCACAUUGCACUAUACAGACAUCCGUCCUCCUCCAAACAGUUUAGAGUGACGGAUGUGAGCGUGGCAGAGUCCCGUCAUAAUGUGACCUCUGACUUCCAGAGGUACAAGGACACAGUAAGACAUAAUACACGUGACAGUGAUACAAACAUAAAUGAGUAUGGAUAAGAGAAAACCGCAAAGGCUGUCUGCUGAAUGGACAUCGUGUCUCUGAUACAAAACAAGGAUGCACUUCAGAGUAUUUAAUUUAAGGUUAUAUGCCUUAUUCAUUGCUUUAUUAUCAUGUAUGAAUGAGUCAUACAUUUAUUAUGUUAUGAAACUGUAAUACCAGUCGUCCAUGUUUCAGUCUCAUGGUGGAUGGCAUGUUGAUUGACAGCUGUCAGAGACAAGCAGAACCUGUGAGCAUCUGUCUUGUCCUGUCUGGAUAGUCUCAGGGUACAUUCACAAGUUAAUAACUGCGUCAAGAAAUCUCCUGCGAGUUUUGCUACCAUUCACUUCAGUGGGUCCGUGGGCAAAACUGCCACUACCAUCUGAAUUCAUUGAAGUAAAUGGUAGCAAAACUGGCAGUGGAUUUCCUGAAGUGGAAAACCUGCUGCGAGUUAUUAACAUGUUAACAUACCCUUAAAGGGUUAUUCUCAUCCUAAAGAUUUAUGUCCACAGGAUAUUCCAUAGAUGCCUAAUAGAUGCAGGUCUAAACUCUGGGUCCUUCAACUAUCAGGAGAACAGGGGUUCCUAUACCCCCAUCAUCCAAAUUCUGCUGGAUGCUUAUCACUUAGAAGGCAAUGAAGAGGUAGGUUAACCUGCACAUGGCCCUCUCAAUUGAAAGUUGAGCAAGCAGUGAGACCCAUGUACUCCCAAAAACUGAGGGGUCUAAACCUGCACUUAUCAGGUACCGUAUUUAUGGCAUAUCCAGUGAAUGGGAAUAUUCCUCUACACAGUGCUGGAUCCUUAAGAUUUUGGAAGUGCUGAUACAGUUCACAGCAUAUGACUUAUUUUAUGUUAUUACGGGUGAUCAUGUUUUACAUGCAGUUUUAUGGGAUGCUAAAGUAAAACUCAUUUUAUACAGGAAUCUUUUUAAUAUGUAGUGAAUUUUGUAUGGGAAUCUUGGAUACCUAAUACAUAAAUUAUUCUAAAUCUGAUUCAUACACUACAUGAAUUUUUCCAUUUAUUGCAUAAUUCUUACCAAAGUUGCCUCUAAAUUUGAUGCUUUGUGGAAGAAAAUCUUGAUAAAUUGAUAUAUUGAUAAAUAUUUAUUACUACCCAGACCCAGAUAGGAAUAUCUCCGCUAAGUAAGGAAAGGAUUCUUUAUCUUGACAAAUUAAUUGAUUGUUUUGGUUUUUAAUGGUCCUUGUCCAUCAUGCCAAAGUAAAAUGCAGUUAGAAAUUGUGGUGUUAUGACUGUAUGCAAAACAUACACAGGUGACAUUUUUUGGACUUUAUUUUUGUGAAUUUGUUUUGUUCUUGUAAAAGAGUCUGAGAGCAGUUGUGUAUCAAAGAGCAACACAAUGGACAUAGUAAAGGCAAUGGAACACAUUGUUCACAAAAUAUAUUUAAAGAGGUCCUCAGCUUGUCCUAUAUGUCAGUAAAUGUGCGUAUUCCCCACAAAAUAACAAUGUUGGAGAAUCUGAUCUUAGAUCUCUAUGUUGUACCAUCAAAUUCUUACUCUUCCUAGAAAUGUAUUUAUAAACUGACAACUGGGUGUUACCAUUCUACUUGUCGAUGGGGCAUCUCCCUAUUCCAAUGCAGAAUCCGGCACGGAAAUUCUGACUUGUGAACAUGGCCUAAAUGUUAAGCAUUUGGGGACACAUUUCAUCGACAUAGGGUUCUUGGUUUAUUUAUAUAUUUCAAGAGCAAUAACAGAGGUACAGCGUAACACAGAGUUCUAGGGAAAGAUGCUCCAGAACUGUCAAGUUUCAAGAAGUUAUUAUAAAAUGGACAUGUCGGGAGAGCUGACCAAUCCAUGCAGAAAUGAAGUAUAAAGAAUACAAGUGCAUUUUGGGGGAUUUUAGCAAUACCAGCUACCGGUCAUAGAACCUGUGUGAUGUUUCCCUUUUGUAGUGGUCUGUGUUCCUAAAAUGUUACCUCCAGUCUAAGCUUUAACCAACCAACCAUCAACCAAUAUACUCCCGUGUAAAUGUAUCUAACUGGGAUAAUGUCUGAGAAACAAGGUUAUCUUGGUCUACCAGUCAAGAGACAGAACGACAAGUCGACCGGCCAUAACAGCUACAAUGUUUGACCAUGUCCACUAUAGAUGAGAUGCCUGGAGCAUCAUGUGACCCUUUAUGACAUUUAAUUUAAUACCAUUAACAUUAUUGUGGCCUUCUAAUAAAUUUCUAUAUGGCCCCGAGAAUAUCUAGUAAUGUCCUCUACGUAGCCAAACAUCAAACAUGUAAGUGAACAAUUUUUCAGCUAAAAGUUUCCUACUUUUAUUAAAUUUUAAAGAAGCGAUCUGAUUGGUUGCUAUGGGCAAACUGGUCGACUUUUCCUCAGCACAGGUUUUGAUGAAUCUCCCCCUAUGGGGGAGAUUCAUCAAAACCUGUGCUGAGGAAAAGUCGACCAGUUGCCCAUAGCAACCAAUCAGAUCGCUUCUUUCAUUUUUCAGACGUGAAAGAAGCGAUCUGAUUGGUUGCUAUGGACAACUGGUUGACUUUUCCUCUGCACAAGUUUUGAUUAAUCUCCCCCAUAGUGACCAUCCUUUUUAUUAAAGGGAUAUUAUAUGUAGAAUCUACUUCCCCCUCAUUCAAACUCUCUCCCAAAUUACAAUACAUUAUAACAGUGAGAAAUAAAUAAAGAAUUUGUUCUAUUUGGGAUAAGCCAUUACCCCUCUCCUACUCACAAACCUAUUAGGAAAGACUGAGAACACAUGUAUUCGCUGCAAGAUUUCAUCAGCAAGGUUUAUUGUAGAAGAAUGACGUUUAAUUGAAAAUGAAUAGAAGAAAUAAACGCCCGACAUACAAUACUCUUUACUAGGGUCACAGUCCGAUAGCGGAACAAUUUCUAAAACCAAUGAGAUUGGUCAGGAUCGUCAUGACAAACGAAAAGUUGUGUGUCCUGUUGUAAGUGAUGUGUAACAUCAUAGAAUCCUAAGAACUUUACUAUCAGAUUGUUUACAUUAGCGCCUAAAGUGUGUAAAGUUUCCCGACCGCCUGCUGCUAGGCCCAGUUACAGCCCGCCAUGCAAUCAUGUUUGGAGGUUUUCAAUGAAAUAAACAAAGCUUUGUCUUAAAAGGUGGUCAGCAAACUCUAAGGGUACGUUCACACGCGCAGAUUUUUUAGCGGGUUUUCCGCUGCGUAUUUGAAAGUGGGCGGGCUCGGCUGUCCGCAGCAGAUUUUUCUCGGCGGAAUUUACGCUGAGGAAAAUCCGCCACAGUCCCUACUGACUUCAAUGGGGCUUGCAGCGGAUUUUCCGCAGUGUACAUUCCGCCGCAGAAAAUCUGCUGCGGAAAGCAGAGAAGAGCCCGCCCACUUUCAAAUAUGUAGCGGAAAACCCGCAAAAAAAUGUGCGCAUGUGAAUGUACCCUAAAGUAGGAUAGUGCUACAUAGUAAAAAAUAAAUAAAUAAAACAUGGGAGAUAAAUAUAUUAUGGGUGUGGAGAAUGAUUUAUACAAUAUACAUUGGAACCAUGAAACAUAAUCUCUUUUAUGAUUUAAUUUAUUGUUAUUUUUAUGAGGACAUUUGUGGAUGUUUGGAUGAAAAUGAAUGCUUUGUUGUAUAUUUUAUUUUAAGGGCAAUAAAAGGUUUUACAUGG